CUAUAAUGUGUGUAGAGAAGGUGUAGACCGUGUCAAUCAAUUAUCACUUAAUGAGGGAAUAAAUUAGCAAUUAAUCAAUUAUCACUUAAUGAUAGAGGUGUUUUCAUGUAAUUUUUAUCAAUUAUCACUUGAUCACAUUCCAUUUAAUGUAACACCCCGUCCCAAAUCGCACCGGAAUUCGUGCACGUUGACCGAGGUUGAUCGUUGAUCGAGCGGGUCAAAAGUUGACUUUUUGCUCUAGUUGGAAUUUCGAGUUGACCAGGAUACCGUGGCAAAGUGCACGAUGCCCCGAGUUCGUAGACUAGUAGCAUGUCAAAAACAGAGCUACAGCUUGAAAGUUGUGAGCAAAACAAGUUGAGGUCCAAACUGUCCAAGGGGUGCUGGAGUUGACUUUUUAUUUAUGGGGAAAUGAGCUUUGACUCAUGCAUGGUUGUGAAGUGCUCGUCGAUACGAGUUCACAGACUAGCAGCACGCUUAAAACGGACAUCCGGUUAAAAAGUUAUGGACGUUUGAAAUUCGCCGGAUACCGUAUUAUUUUAUUAUAUCUGGCUUAAGUGAACAGUGAAAUGCCGCGUGUCAGCUUCUGAUUGGUCCAUGUGGCAUGAACAGUGUCACACAGUGGCUUUUAUUUGAUAAAAAUCUCAGGGAAGAGAGAGAAAGAGAGAGAGGAGAGAGAAAGAGAGAGAGAGUCCGACCGGCCGCCUGACUUUUUCAAAUUUUUUGGCCGACCUACUGUACAUGCACCUGCCAAAAAGAUUCCCCUCCCCAUUUCCCGAAAAACCUCAAAGUUUCACGGCGAUCGGCCGCCGGACGCGCCCGGAUCGAGCGUUUGAAGAUUGGCGGUGACUUUUUCCCUCCACCUCCGAUUGGCCCAUUUCCAGCCAUUUUUCGGCCACACGCGCCAGCUAGCCAGCACCACCUCCUCAAGUCCGGCCGACCCACCAAGUUUCACGGCCACCGGACCACCGACGCGCCGGGAUCAGAGAGUUUUCCGACGAGGGGCCGGAAAUCUUCAAACCGUGAUUUCUCCGCCGUCCAGCCUCCGUUUGCCUCACCGCCGGUCCCGUUGGAUUGCUCUCCCCACGAUCUACAAAUCUGCAAAAAAUCACAGCCAACGGCCAUCGCACGCGCCGCCGCCGAUGACGGUUGCCGGUGACCGCGGCGGCUCGCCGGAAGUUACUGUUCCGGCGAGUACCCAGUCCCACCGCCGGCUCCUGUCCAUUGUGUUCGAUCUCCUGAACCCGAAUCCGGCAUCCAUUUCCGCCAAUUCGUGAUGGUUUGGAAGAAUUGCGGAGCCGAAACCCGAAAAGCUUUCAUGCGAGAUUCCGACCCCGUCGGGUCCGAUCACCGGAAAGUAAGACCGAAUCAGUGAUCCUCAUCACUCGAGCUUCGAUUCGGUAUAUAACUAGUAACUUUUAGAUAUCGUUUGGUGUUCGCUCCCCGGGUACCCAUUUGGGAAUUACCCGAAUAAAAUAUUAAUAUUUUUAGUUGGUACACUGUGGUUGUUUAGGUGCGCGUACGAGUGGUGGAGUUGAUCCUGCGGAGGAUCUUAGUUGAUUUACGCGCUCAAGGUGAGUGGCCCACCUUCAAAAAUUAUUUUGGGCAAUUAAUUAUGUUUAAUUGGUAUUUAAAUUAUGCUCAUGUGGUACAAUUUGAUUAUGGUUUUAUUGUGAUUUAAUUUAUUAUUUAUGCAUGAGCAAAGUAUGUUUCGGUAAUAAUCAUACGUGGUUUUAAUUGUUAUUUUCUGGGCAUAAUUGGGUUAUUUAUUUUAUGAAAAUAUUUGUUUAAGUUGGUGGUUUAAUUUUAUAAAUUAUGCCCGCGGUAUUUUAAUUGUUGCACCUCGUGUUACGAGAAAAUUUGAGGUUUAUUGGUUAUCGAUGUUUUCGUACCGGUAUGUUAAAUAAAAAUAUGUGAGAUGGUAUUUUGUGAAAAUUUGGUAUAUUUCCCACGGUAGUUUUGGAAAACGGUACGGUUGGUUUAAUAAUUGUUUUAGACUCAUUCACACAGUAUUGGUGUUCUGGUAUAUGUAUAUGUGGUUCAGCGCGCAAGUAUUAUUAUUUCACCCGUGAGUUGCCAUUGGACCGUGGGCAGGCAAGUCUUGUAUAGUGCACACAGCCACCCCCCUCCUUGGCCGGGAUGAUGGUUUCAGCAGCGGUACUGUCGGGACGCCGAAGUGCCGUUUGCAAGUUUCUCUCUUUAACCCCCCGCCAGUCGGUGCUCAGGACGCUGAGUAUCGGAGGGCAUCACUGGUAUAUGGUGUGGUGCGUCAAGUUAAGUGUAAUUGUCAGGUGUAAUUUGCAAAUAAUGUUUCAAACCCCAAAGGUGUUCAAAAAUUAUUUAUUAUAAUUUAUUACAUUUUAAUUAAAAAUAUUGGGGUAUGUAUUUAUUUAUUUAUUGUUUAUCAAAUGGUUUAAUCCCUUGGUUUUCGGGAAGUAUGUUCAUCGGGUUUUGUGAAAUUGUUUUAAAAAGGGAACAUUUCAAACGGAGGGAUUGGUGAGAGUUUUGAGGGAAAUUAUUAUUUCCAACAGUCAUUAUUAUUUAUUUAUUUAUUGUUGGUAUUUAUUCAAUUCCCUUAAUUGUUAUUAUUAUUAUUUUAUUAUUAUUAAAAGUGUUCAGUAGUUAGGGUCACUCAUUGAGAUGAUUAGCAUCUCACGUUUUUAAGUUCCGUUCCCUUAGGUGCAAGUGGUGGUAGACGUUCUUCCGGAGCGAACCAAGUUUUCCGCUGCUGUUGUGUUUCGAGAAAUACUUCUGUACUCUUUCAUUUCAGUGUAUUAUUUCUUUCAUCCUUGUUGUAUUUCUGUGAUUAGCACUUCUUAAAGCUCUGUAUACUAUUGGAACACUUAUGUUUUAUGUAUGCACUGGACUGUUGUUAUUUUUUAGAAGUGCUGAAAUUUGUGGAACACUUGUAGUUUGUGGGAGGAAUAAGGGGGUGAUUAUAGAAGUGUAUUUUCAGUGCAGGUAAUUUGGGGUAAGUCCAUCCCUUAGGGGAGGUUCUGCCGGAUUUUCCGUUGGAGAGUCCGGUAGGGUUUUCCUGGGAUCAUGGCUUGUCUAGGGUUCCGGGGAGGAAUUCUGGACGGGUCCUGACAUUUAAUGUGUUGUUUAUUUUGUCCUUUUUUUUUUUUUUUUGUAGAUAUGGAUCGAAGAAAAUUAUUCACAAUACAAUCUUUUUGUUUAUGCUUUAUGGUUGUCUUCCUUAUGUAUAUGUAUGUAGCAUGGCAAAGGAGAAAUAAUGGAGAAGUUAGGAUCGAAUAACUAGGGGGACUGAAUUGUGUACAUCAUUUUUAAAUAGUUUGUUAGAUAAUGAUGUUAAUUGCAUUAGUCAAAUGAGGAUGGAUAGGAGAACAUUUGGUGUUUUAUGUGAGUUAUUAUGUCAGGAUGGUUAUGUUAAAAGAGAUGGUACUGUUACACUGGAAGAGCAAGUGUGCAUAUUUUUGCACAUAAUUGCUCAUCAUGCAAAGAACCGUACAAUUAUAAGUAGAUUCUAUAGAUCGGGGGAAACAGUUAGUAGAUAUUUCAAUUCAGUAUUGAAUGGAGUGUUACGUUUACAUGGAAUUUUGUUGAGGCAACCUGAAUCUGUGUCAGAUAAUUGUUCGGAUGAUAGAUGGAAAAUGUCUAAGGUAUGUUUGUGGAAUAGUUUGGUUACUAAUCUUAUAGUUAGAUUAUUUGUAGUAUUAUCUGACGUGAGUGAAUUUCUUUGUGACAUAGAAUUUUUUGGGAGCAUUAGAUGGAACUUAUAUUAAGGUGAAAGUAUCUGAAAUCGAUAAGCCAAGAUAUCGAACAAAGAAGGGUGAGAUAGCCACAAAUAUUUUAGGUGUAUGUAAUCCGAAUAUGGAAUUCAUAUUUGUAUUGCCUGGUUGGGAAGGUUCCGUUUCGGAUUCUAGAGUACUUCCAGAUGCAUUAAGUAGACCAAAUGGCUUAAAAGUACCAACAGGUAAGAUCAAUCAUUAAUUUUUUCAUUGUAAUGGACUAACAGUGCAUAAACUAAUGGGAGAUUUUUUUUUUUUUUUUUUUAUGUAGGUUGUUAUUACUUAGUGGAUGCUGGUUACACUAAUGGUGAAGGAUUUCUUGCACCAUAUAGGGGAACAAGAUAUCACAUUUCCGAAUGGAAAGAUGGUUGUGCACUCACAACUUAUCAAGAGUAUUUCAACAUGAAACAUGCAUCUACUAGGAAUAUCAUAGAAAGAUGUUUUGGGGUUCUUAAAAUGCGUUGGGCAAUUUUAAAAAGUCCAUUGUUCUAUCCAAUUUCAAUACAAAUCAAGAUAAUUACUGCAUGUUGUCUUAUACAUAAUCUAAUUAGAAGAGAAAUGACACUUGAUCUUGGAGAAAUUGAAUAUGAUAGGGUGGAGAUGUGGACAUCAGUGCAGAAGAGGACAUUAUAGAAUCAAUUGCUUCCUUGAGUCAAUGGACUAACUGGAGAGAUGAGUUAGCUAAGCAAAUGUUUGAUGAGUGGAGAGGUCGUCGUGCAAUGGAAGCUGGAGGUUGCAGUAACAAUAACAAAGGAAGUGAAGCUAAGCGUACCUGGAGUAAAGGUGAGGAAGAGGCUUUGCUGAAUAUUUUAGAUGAAGCUAUAGCUAGUGGUCAACGUUGUGACACAGGAUCAUUUAAACCUGGCACACUGAAUAUGAUUGAGAGGCAACUAGCCGAGAUGUGUCCUAAUUCGGGAUUGCGAGCAAGUCCACAUAUUGAGUCAAAGAUGAAAAAAUGGAAGAAGCAAUAUGGUAUAAUAUACGACAUGCUCAACAAAAGUGGAUUUGGAUGGAAUGACUCUCUUAAAUGUGUGGAGGUUGACAGUGACGAUGCUUGGAAAGCAUAUGUGCAGUGUAAUCCAAGUGCAAAAAGUUGGAGAAGUAAACAUUUUCCCAUGUAUGAGAGGCUUACUGAUAUUUUUGGAAAGGAUCGGGCAACAGGAGUUGGAGCACAAACUCCAAUUGAUUUGGUUAACGAUAUAAAUAUGAAGGUUGCAAAUGAACAAUUUGAUGAUAUUUGUUCUCCAAUGUCUGUUAAUCAAACACAUAGUGAACCAUCCACACAAUCCCAAGCAAGACGGAAGAGGAAAGAUAAAGCGAAGGAUGAUGACAUCGUAAAGGGGUUGGACAAUGUAGCGGAUAAAUGGUUUGGUAAAUUGGCUGCAACGUUAGAAAAACAAUAAAAAUCCGAUAUCACUUAUCCACAAUACUUAGCUAUGGAGCUUGAUAGGUUAUGAUUUCCUAUUAGAGACAAUCUCAGAAUCUCUAAGGCAAUGAAAUCGGAUCCAUCGAACAUAGAGGUUUUCAAAAUUAUUAAAACAGAUGCAGAUAAUAUUGAAUUUGCUAAUUAAUUUUUAGAUAACUAAAUUAGUAUUGUUGUGGAUUAUAUUUUUAUAUCUAUGUAUGAGAGGAUGACAAUUAUGAAUAAUUCAAUUUCAAACUUAUGGACAUAUGUUGUAAGGUAUUGGAUAUUGGUUUCUAAUUAUGUA